AUGCUGCUUGGUAUAAAUAGACGGUUUCAUGAGCUAAGGUCAAAGCCAUGUCCUAUAGUCCUUGCUUCUCUUUCUGGUGGUUCACAAGCUUGCUUGUAUAAGGUCUUUCAGAUUAUUGAUGGAGGAUGUGAAGUCCAGCUCAAUUUGAAUGACAGUAGAUUGGUUAGAAGUUGCAUCUCGGGUCAAAUCUACGACUCUGGUCCUGUUGAUGUUACCAGUGACUUAGGUGCAAGAUUUUCUGUACACCCCACUGUCCUGAAGAUGCCUGGUUCUGCUAAGCUUGUGUCCUUAGUUGCAAAAGGUGUCACUUCUGGACUGGAUGCUCUAUUCAUCACAAAAUUUGGAUCCCAGCAGACAGAUUACUGGCAGAGUCUUUAUUCCUCAGUUAGCUUGGGUGCCCCUUUUCUCGUUCUAUGCUCAGACUGUGAUGAUCUUGCUCCAUACCCCAUUAUAUGCAACUUUUCUCAGCGUUUACAAGAUGCUGGAGGUGCUGUAGAAAUCGUGAAGUGGAAAAAUUCCCCUCAUGUUGGUCAUUACAGUAGCUAUCCAAUUCAGUACAGAGCUGCUGUAGCAGAGCUGCUUGAGAGAUCAAAUUCAAUCUUCUUUCAUAAAAUCCAGAGACUUGGAGAGCAAAUUGGCACUGACUUGGGCGGUAUGCCUGGUGAAAUAUCUGAUUUGAUAUGUGAUCUCCAAAAUGCAGCUGUUAAUUCAAAUCAAAGCCUUAGAAGAGUUGCAGUUGGACCGGAAGACCACUUCUUCUUACCAAGUUCAAUGGAACAUGACAAUUUUAGAGACUCGCGCUCUUCUCAAGAGGAUAGGAAGGAAAAAUUACCAUCUGAUACAAACCCUAGGAUGGAUGCACAUGGUGUUCUUGGCCAAAUCCUCUUUGAUGCGUGUGUCCCAAAAAACAUUGAAGGUUGGGAUAUCAAAUUUUCUGGUUCCUUGAAUGGCCAGCCAUUUGCUUCUGCUUCUAGGCGUUCAUCCUUGAAGGCUAUCAAAUUUAUAGGUCGUUCAAGAUUGUGACCAGGUCUGAUAUGAGUUGACGUAUUUGAGGAGUUCGAAGCUAUGGGUGCCUGCAGAGCACGUGAUGGAAGACAACGAGCCUACUUUUGUAAAUAGUGUUAAUAUAUGAGGUUUUUUUUUGGAAGGAGUGUUAAUAUGUGAGUUGAAAGACGGAAUUACUUAACUGUUACAAGCGUAUUAACCCUGGUUUUUUGUUUAAUAUGUUAUUAGCAUGUUAUUAAGUCCUGCUUUUCCUUUUUUAUUCCUUCUUGUCCAACAUGCAACACAAGAAAGAAAGUCCCUUUUCACAUUGUUCGA